GGGAGGAGAGACAAGGAGGCCUAGUUCUCCGCUCCCCUGCCGCGUCUUUGCUGCCAUCCCUCCAGUGGGCGGGUAAAGGGGAGGGAGAAAACCCCGUCAAAGUUGCAGAUUUUGCGGCUGUGAAAUCUGACGAGACGGUCCUCAGUGGUUCAGGCUGCGUCCGUAUUUUCUUCUCAGCCCCCUGACUAUGGCCUUCAGACAUAAAAAUGCAAAACGAAUUGAAGGGCUUGACAGUAAUGUAUGGGUGGAAUUUACCAGCUUAGCUGCAGAUCCCUCAGUUGUUAAUCUCGGACAAGGCCUUCCUGAUAUAUCGCCUCCUAACUACUUAAAAGAAGAGUUGGCAAAAGUAGCCUUUGUGAAUAGGUUAAACCAAUAUACACGUGGUUUUGGACAUCCGCUGUUGGUGAAGGCCUUGUCCCAAGUUUAUGGAAAGGUUUGUGGAAGAAAGAUCGACCCAUACACUGACAUCCUGGUGACAAUAGGAGCAUAUGGAUCUUUAUUUAGUGCAAUGCAGGGACUCAUUGAAGUAGAAGAUGAAGUAAUAAUAAUAGAGCCGUACUACGACUGUUAUGUGGACAUGGUGAAGAUGGCAGGUGCAAAACCUGUCUGUAUACCUUUGAGAUAUAAACCUGCAGCUGGAGGAGAUGUUGCCUCUAGUGCUGACUGGGUGUUGGAUCCUGCUGGACUUGCGAGUAAAUUUAAUCCCAAGACAAAAGCUAUUGUACUGAAUACCCCUCACAAUCCUAUAGGAAAGGUCUAUACAAAAGAAGAGCUCCAGAAAAUUGCUGAUCUCUGUAUUAAGCAUGACAUCUUGUGCAUCAGUGAUGAGGUGUAUGAGUGGCUGGUAUAUACUGGAAAGAAGCACAUUAAAAUCGCUACUUUGCCUGGAAUGUGGGAAAGAACAGUAACUAUAGGAAGUGUUGGGAAAACAUACACUGUAACUGGCUGGAAGCUUGGAUGGUCCAUUGGUCCCCAGCAUCUGAUAAAACAUUUGCAAGUCGUUCACCAAAAUUCACUCUAUACAUGUCCGACUCCAUUACAGGAGGCUGUGGCACAAGCUCUUUUGAUAGAUUUCAAACGGAUGGAUGAGUCAGACUGCUACUUCUACUCUCUGCCUAAGGAACUGGAGGGCAAGCGGAACCAAUUGGCUCGGAUGCUGCAAGAAGCUGGACUGAAACCUGUUGUUCCAGAGGGAGGAUACUUCAUGGUGGUUGAUGUAUCCACACUAAAUGUGGAUUUAUCGGACAUGGAAGAGGAUAAGCCUUAUGAUUAUAAAUUUGUAAAAUGGAUGAUAAAAAACAAGAAGCUGGCAGCUAUACCUCUCUCUUCAUUUUGUGGCCCAGAGACUCAACAGAAGUUCGAGAAGUACAUCCGGUUUUGCUUCAUCAAAGAAGACAGCACAUUGGAUGCAGCAGAAAAGAUCCUGAAGAACUGGAAGAAACGUUAACUCAGAAGUUUUUACAGAUGUCUGUACAUAAUUUUACACUUAACAUCAGACUUAAAGUUAUGUUUUUCAUGAACCUUCUUAAAAUUGCACUAUGCUGCCAUCUGCUGGAUAUUCAAUAAAAAUGUUUGCUUUUUAUAUUCUCCAAAUUAAAGUAUUUCCCCCCCAAAAAAGAUCCAUUGGAAUAAUUAUGCUUUAUUUUAGAUUUUUAACAGGCCUUUUGUAAAAUAUAUGCACACUGCAUCCCUUAGAGCCCUGUACAAUGAAUGCCUUUGCACAUGCAAUUAUGUGUUUUCUAUACAGCUGUUGUUUGAACAGCUGCUCUUCUGCAUGCCCAGCAGAAGCAGUCUGUGUAUGAGUGCUUUGAUUGACAGGGUCCUUGCUGUACUAGAUUGUGCCAGGAAAGCCCAUGGCCUACUGGUAAGGAGAAGGCAGCUGCACAGCACUCAGGGGCUGGGUCAGGGCAAUCUUGCCCCAGUGUACGUUUUCAAAAGUUUUUACUACCAUAGUCAGUUUUCGUCUACUUUUACUCCACAGUUAGUUUGAAUCUGAACUCCAGCU